AUCAAGUACCUAGGCAUGCAGACUGCUUCUACAAACAUUUUUGAAAGAAUAGGUCACUCUCAGGAGCUCAUUGAAUUCAAGCGUGGUACCGAGAUAGGUUGCCUCCUGUGCAAAAAGUCCAUCCAUGAAAUUUCCUUGCUACUAAAAAAAUCCACGGUCAACUGUCAGUGGAAUUAUAACAAAGUGGAAGCAACUAGGAACAACAGCAACUCAGCCAUGAAAUCUUAUGCCACGUAAAAUGACAGAGCAGGGUCAGCGCAUGCUGAAGUGCACAGUGCACAGAAGUAGCCAACUGACUGCAGAGUAAAUAGCUAAAGACCUACAAUAUUCAUGUGGCCUUCAGAUUAGCACAACAGUGCAUAGAGAGCUUCAUGGAAUGGGUUUCCAUGGCUGAGCAGCUGCAUCCAAGCCUUAAAUCACCAAGUGCAAUGCAAAGCAUCGGAUGCAAUGGUGUAAAUCACACUGCCACUGGACUCUAGAGAAUGGUACUUGCCUAACUGCAUUGUGCCAAGUGUAAAGUUU